UGUAUUCUUGCAUGGUAAUGGUAUUAAUGUUAUAUUAAUAUAAAUUCAUAUUUAUGCAUAAUUAAAAACUUUAAGAUAUUCAUUCAUCUGUUUUAAGUGUCUUAGAUUAUAUUAUAGAUGCAAUAUUAAUGACACUCCUUUUCUGUCAUGUUGAUACAGCGAUACGUUUCAAACAUCUGUGAGCUGCGGUCACUGCUGAAUCAUGCAGAAGGCAUUAUUAAUCAGCUAUCACACAUCUUAUGCAGGAUUACUAUCAUCUGUUAAUGAUUUUAUCGCUUCCAGCUUACAAAAAACACUGCAAACCUCAUUAAGGUGUGUUAGUUAAGACCAAAAUGUGUAAUAUUACAAAUAUGAGUGAAAUGAAUAGAGAAGUCAGGGUGCUUACAACAUCUCACCCUUUCACUAGUCUAAUUCCCAACCCACCUGAGUCUGAGAAGGGCUAAAGGGUUCAUUGUAGGAGAUGAGUGGGAUUGGGAAACACUGACGUAGAGCUCAGUGGUGUGUAUCAGCACUUCACUUCCACUCAGGCUCAGUGCUUACAGUCCUGCUCUAGAGACACAAGCCACACACGAGCAGCUCUUUCCGUUCCGCGCUCAGCAGCUAAAGCGGACAUUGCUGGCAGAGUCAGUCCCAGUCGGGUCUACUGCAGGUACUUCUCGUGCUUGGGCCGUUUAAAAGUCCCGUCUUUGGACUUUGCGGUAUGUUGGGAGCCGUGAAGAUGGAAGGACACGAACACUCGGACUGGAGCACUUAUUACGCAGAGCCCGAGUGCUACACCCCAGUUGGAAACAUGAGCGGCGGACUGAAUUCAAUGAGCGCCUACAUGAGCUGCGCUGGUGGCGUGAACGUGCCGUACAUGCACGCAGGUCUCGGCCACCCGGCUAGCGGCACGUGUACAGGGAUGACCUCUAACGGGAGCCCGACCUCCGCUCACGCCCUGGCUGCUUCCUACCCGAACCUGAACUCGAGUGCGUGCGGCCAGGUGACCGGGCGGCCCCGCGAUCCCAAAGCAUACAGGCGGAGCUACACGCACGCCAAACCGCCCUACUCGUACAUCUCACUGAUCACUAUGGCCAUCCAGCAAUCCACAUCCAAGAUGCUGACGCUGAAUGAAAUCUACCAGUGGAUCAUGGACCUGUUCCCUUUUUACCGACAGAAUCAACAGCGCUGGCAGAACUCGGUCCGCCACUCGCUCUCCUUCAACGACUGUUUCCUCAAGGUGCCCAGAUCACCCGAUAAACCAGGUAAAGGCUCCUUCUGGAUUCUCCAUCCCGAGUCGGGCAACAUGUUCGAAAACGGAUGCUAUCUGCGGAGACAGAAACGCUUUAAAUGCGAAAAAACCGAGGACAAACCCACGGAAUCGGAUAAGAAACCGCACAACGACAAAGAAUCAUCUCGACUUGAUGACUCUCCAACCAAAGACAUAAAAAGUUCCGAUCUGAAAGAUGUUAUAAAAGCGACGCAGGGUUUGAGUCCAGAACACCAGACUCAUCAUCAGGACCAUCAUCUGGAUGAACAUCAUCAUCCACAUCAUCAUCAUCCACAUCAUCAUCAUCAUCAUCCUCAUCUUCUCGCUCAGCAUCAUCCGGUGCUCGUUCACGACUCGCACCUGAAACCGGUACACCACUCCUAUUCCUUCGACCACCCGUUCUCUAUCCACAACCUGAUGUCUUCCGAGCAGCAGCACCACAAAAUGGACAUGCUGAAGCCCUAUGAGCACGCCAUGCACUGUUCCGGCGGAUACGGAUCUCCAAUGACUGGGUCACCGAUGCCACCGAUGAUGUCCACUCGAGCUAGUGUUGAGCCUUCAGCGCUUCCCUCCGAAUAUUCUUAUUAUCCGGGAUCCGCGUGCGCAAACAGGGCGUAAACAUGAUUAAAAAUCGUGGAUGUCUCAGACUUUCCAGUAAUAAUAAUAAUAAUAAUAAUAAUAAUAAUAAUAAUAAUAAUAAUAAUAAUAAUAAUAAUAAUAAUAAUAAUAAUAAUAAUAAUAAUAAUAAAACGCUCAAUUCAUGCGCGCGUUCAAAAAGGUGGCAUCUUAUUUUUACAAAUAUCAUGCGCACAGAAACAAA